UCAAAAUGGCUGCCACCUUGUCAUUUCGUUGGUUAGAAAUCCUGGAAAAAGAGUUUGAUAAGGCGUUCGUGGAUUUAGAUUUACUUUUGGGAGAGAUAGAUCCCGAUCAGUGCGAGCUAACGUACGAUGGGAGACAGAAAAUGACGGCGCUGAGCGCCGCGUUUGCCCAACUUUGCCAUAAAGCCCAGACCAUUUUCCAGGGAAAUGUAAAAUUGGAGGCUCAGAUAGUCGACAUGCGACAGGACACUGUCGAGGUGCGGGCAACCAAAAGUAUCCUUGAGAAGGAAGUCCACAACUUACUGCUGCAGUUACACCAAGCCCAGCUCCAGCUUCAUCAGAAGUCAGGCCAUGUCGACGUGGACUCUGAAACGAUACAGAGGAGAUUGGGAGAGGAAAUAGAAAAAAGAAAAACUAAUGCCAUUUCUGAGGCCCGUAUUGAAGCAGAAUUGAAAGAGUUACGGAAGGAGAACCAGGAAUUAAGACAGUAUAUACUAGCAUUACAAGGAGAAGUGUAUGGUGCAAGACUAGCUGCUAAAUAUCUCGAUAAAGAAUUAGCGGGAAGAAUUCAACAGAUCCAGCUUCUAGGCCGUGAUAUGAAAGGCGCCGAACAUGAUAAGCUAUGGAACCAACUAGAAGCUGAGAUUCAUCUGCAUCGGCACAAGACUGUGAUCAGGGCGUGUCGGGGUAGGACACCAAAUAGACGACGAUUACCAAUUCCUCCAGGACAUGACUUUUCGACACUAAGGAGAAGACAAGGAGUUGGAGAAAUCAGGCGUGUAAGACUUGUCAAAGAUCCUGAGGAGGGCUUAGGAAUGUCCAUUACGGGUGGUAAGGAGCAUGGUGUCCCUAUCCUGAUCUCAGAGAUCCACCCAGACCAACCGGCUGAGCGGUGUCAAGGCCUCUACAUCGGUGAUGCUAUAUUAUCUGUGAAUGGCCUCGAUCUCAGAAGUGCCAAACACGCCGAGGCAGUAUCUAUAUUAUCGCAACAGCAAGGAGAGAUAGAAAUGGAGGUCGUGUUUGUGGCUCCAGAUGAGGAUAGUGAUGAUGAAAAUGCUGAAUAUGAAGAUGACAAUGGAUUCCGGUAUAGGAUGUACGACGAUGAUUUAGUCAGUGAAAAUAGUCAAAGUAGUCAAGGGCAGGGUGGAGGGCAAUCGAAUGGUGGCCUCUCGCCCGCCAAACACAACAGUUUAGGUAAUGAUAUGAUGGCAGCAUCGGGGGAACAUUCCAGAAAUUCAAGUCGUAACACUGCUGCAAGUUUGGAGAAUUCACCCCAGCCUCAUGAAAAGCACACGCUAUCAGCAAUCGUAUCGAGCAGUGCCAACUUCUCACCGACGAAUAAGCCCGACAACACAGCAUUGGAUAAACCAUUGGUUGUUCUAGCCGACCAGGAGGAGGUCUCCCCUGUACCGCUUGUAGAUUCGCUCGCUGCACUCUCCGAUGUCAAUCAGACGUCUGGUGUUAUAGAUAAUGCAGAAGGAUCGCCCAGCCAGGAAAACACCACCAGUUGAUUUUGAUGAUCAUUUGAGAACAUUGGUCUGAUUGAAACAAGUUGAGGAAUAUGUCGAGUCUGUUGUAUGCUUCUUGCAUGUGAUUUAUCGAGAGCAAAAUGAUAGGUAGAAUCAAGAAUUAAUAAUGAAGUUUUUCUUAAUUCUUGUUCUUGGUGGAUUGCAACAUUUAAGACUCUCAACAAGUGUUUUUCUCUAGUCCCUUAAUACAAGGUGUAGUAUUGGUGUUGACUAUGUAAUUCCUAUUCUAUUCUUCACUCCUCAUGCCAAGUUGCAAUGUUUGUCAGUCUGGGUUUCACGACAUCUGUGAGUUGCUAGAUUUGAAUUGGAUGAGGAUUGGACAAGGAAGGCAGUAACAUAAUUCCUAUUAUAGAAUGCUUAAGUCUAUGUCUAUUUUCAUCUGUGAAAUGGUAUAAUAAAUUGAUCUUGGAGACCUCGCAAUAGUGUAUUGAAAUAUGCUUGAAGAAUCUCUCUCUGUAUGUGGGUAGUUAGGAGUCGGUUUCAACUUAUGAUGACUGGAGUUUCCUAUGCAUCAAUUAAUAAUCCAGUGUGUAAAUUGAUGGGUGCAUUUCACUCAGUUAUGAUGAAAUGUGCCAAAUGCAUGCGAUGAAGUGAAUGUCUGCUGGGUUUAUGAUAGUGACAAGUGUGCAAAUAUUUUUGCUGGGUUUUUGUGCAAAUUCAUUUGUAUAAUAGUUUAAUAGGCAGAAAUAGUGCAGUUUUAUAUUAAAAAUAUUGUUUUUGAUGCAAUAGCAUGUGCAUUCUAGCAGAAAGAACGUCAUAAUGGCAAUGAUGUCAAAACUCAGACAAAAUUGAUGUCAUGUCUCUGUUGCACAAUACACUACAUUGUCUGAGAUGGAGUUGUUUUGCAUGACAAGGGAUGCUACAGGUGACCUGAACUGCAAUGUCAUCUAGGGUCUGGGUCAAAAUUUGAAAAAAAAGACAUCCUUUUCUUUACAACACGUAUCAUGUGCUCACUUGCUAUCUUCGAUAAGUGACAGCGUUCAGAAUGAGUUUAAUACUUCUUUCCUUACUGAGUAUGAUGCAUAAUUGUAUAUAUUUUUAUAAAGGUUAUGUAAAUAGGUUUGAUUUCCCCCAAGGCUGGUCUUGAAAACACUGGUACAUUGUCACUCGUACAUAGGUGAUAUAAUGUAUCGGUGCUUACCAGUUCAUUUGAAAGGUAAAAUGUACUUCUAUGCCUGCUCUUUACCUAAAAUAGGAUAAGCUAAAUCUUUAAAUAGCCCAGUCAAGUAAAUUUUAUUAGUCACAACUUUUCAUUGAUGUACUUGCCUAUUUUCUAAUGUAAUAAAACCUCACAGCAGUAACAUGUAAUAUGACUCCUUAACUUAUGUAUACUUCCAUCAGUUUGGUUUUUCUAGUCAGUAACUUGAUAAUGCUGUAGACCCCUUUAUUUUGCUGCCCUACAUACUUGCAAAAAAACCUAUUUUCCGCAUUUAUUGUGGCAAAUGGAUGCAUUUCCCAAAGAUAGAACAAUCAAAUUGAAUGAAUUGCUGCCCUUUAAUUUUGUGAUAGUAUACCCUAUCGCAAAAAUUUUACAAGUUUUAGGCUUGUGUGAUAAAGGUGUUUACAGUAAAUAGAUUAUUCAUCAGAAUCAGCUGCUCUUCAGCCAUUCAAUGGCUAGUAUAUAUAUAUAUUGCUUUAAGUUAUUCUGUUAUGCUUAUAGUUUGUUCUGUUACUGACAUUUUAUAGUUUGUGUUUAGGCCAGAUGUGUUUUUACAUUACCUUUGUAUUGUAUGCUACAUGUAUGUCAUCUAUAAAAAGUUGGCGUCACGCAGGCUUGGAUCAAGGUGAAGAAUGCCAGUUGCUGGCCCUUAUUUGAAAAAGGUCUUCGAAGUGAACCAAGAAUUUUAGUAAAUAGACUCGAGAAAACCACUUAGUCUUUUAGUGUGGCUACCUAGCCGACUUCAGGCCUUCACAUCGUAAGUGUUUUAGCAGUGCUUUUUGAUCUAAUGUCGUUCGGGGCGUUACGUGGUGAAACUCAUGUAAAGCACUUGAGAGAAAAUGGCUUUGUUGUAAGGGCAUAAAAUGCUUUGUCUUGUGAGCAUUGAUAUCGGUAUGUCUCACUGUUGCUAUAUCAAACCAUCCCUACUAUGAGGGCUUAUUGACCUCCAAGUCUUGUACAUCGCCAUGCCCCUGGAACAUGGCCAAAGGAGCCAGAAUACUAUCAAGGCUAGUCUUCACUGUACAUAUUUCUAACAUUAUCACUAAAUUUUAUACGCUGCCACAUUUUUAUGCAGAUAAUGCAGAUUUCUUCCCUAACUUCUUUGCUCAACGUAAAGUUGUAUCCAGUAUUUCCCAUUAUGCUAAGGUUGUGGUUAUUCUUGUCUUCCAGUAGAACUAGAAGUUGGUCAUUCUUUAUAACUAGAUUCGUUGCACAUAUCAGCUUAUCUAAGAUAAUCAGCUUAUCUAAGAUAAGGCAACUACAGAUUUUAUUAGAAGGCAUUUCAAGCAACAUAUAGUAGUAAAACUAAAUUGAUUUCACAGUACUGUUAACCCAGACAGGAGCCAUUGCACCUCCUGCAUUGUAAUAUAGAAUGUACCAUUACAGAGCUGUGUGCCUAUACACCUUUCCAGAAAUGGGGCGCUGAGUGUUCGAAAUAGUGAUGCCAUAAGGGGAAACUAGGCCUUAUGGUAGAGGGACAAAGGAGGUAGUCAUGGUUGACCAACACGCAUGAAUGCCUUUAAUGACGGACAAGGGGGAAAAAGUUAGUUCAAAUGCAAGCCACCAAUUUCGGGAAGCAUGUAUAAAGAAAGUUGUGAUGGCUCCUGAUGGAUUUUACAGUAACUCGUGCAGUUUGCAUAAUGGUGUGGCAACAUGGUUAUCAUUAAUAUAACAAUUAUUUAUAAAGUUUAUUCGUUUUCACUGUCAUAUAACUCUUGUCAUUAAAUUGUAAUAUUUUGCCAAGCUACAGCGUAGCAUGUGAACAGAUAAAUGUAAAAUGAUGUACAUUUGGAACAAAAUAAAUGUCUCUAUUUCUGUGAAA